CUACCAAUUUUUAAAGUUCAACAACUGCCUUUUAUCCAAUACAUUUACCAUAUUUCAUCACAAUUUUAUAACCAAACUUAUCCUUAUCGGCCUUAUCCAUGUUUGGAAAAUGUAUUUAAAAAGAAAGUUUUAAAUGAUUAUCUUGUUAAUCUAAAUUGAGUUUUAUUGUACAUUUAUGUUAUACAAACUGUAAACAUGCAAAAUGUUUUAAGCCUUUAUAGAUAGUGAUUUUUGGUUGUGUAGAUAUAUUUUUUAUAAGUAUAACAAAACUAAAAGAAACAUGUUUUCCAGGACGUUUUCAAGAACAAAUAUAUGUCGGACAGCAUAUCAAUACUUCUGUUAUUCUACAAUAGGUAGUCAAAAACACAAUUUUCAUAAAGACGAUAGCUCUACAUUUAAAGUAAAAAACCUUUUAAUAGGUGGAUUGGUAACUGGCUGUAUUGGAUACUACUUUGUAGGUAAUAAAAAAGUUGUACUAGCUAAAGAAAGUCCAAAAGUAGAUAAAAGUGAUGCAGUUCCUGGAAAUUAUAGAUCAAACUUGCCAGUGUAUAGUUUGGACGAAAUCGCAUCUCACAAUUCAAAAGAAACAGGAAUAUGGGUAACCUAUAAAGAAGGGGUUUACAACAUCACAGAGUUCGUUGAAGGACAUCCCGGUGGAGAUCAAAUUUUGAUGGCAGCAGGUAGUUCAGUGGAACCUUUUUGGAUGUUGUAUGGUAUACACGAAAAUCCACAUGUUUAUGAGAUUUUAGAAACUUAUCGAAUAGGAAAUUUAAAACCAGAUGACAGGAAUUAUUUUACUUCAGAUAUGUCGGACCCAUAUUCUACAGACCCUAAAAGGCAUAUAGCAUUGAAACCAGCCUGUGUCAAACCAUUCAAUGCUGAAUUACCGCCAGAGCUGCUAGUGGAAAGCUUUUUAACACCAAAUGAACUAUUCUACGUUAGGAAUCAUUUACCUGUUCCAGAAAUUAAUCCAGAUAGUUACGAAUUGGAAAUAGACAUUGAAGGAAAAAAUAAAGUAACCGUUUUUACGUUGGAGCAAUUGAAAAAAAUGCCAAAGCAUACCAUUACUGCUACUAUCAUGUGCGCCGGUAAUAGACGAAGUGAAAUGAUACAGGUUAGACCUGUCAAAGGUUUAAAUUGGGGAGCAGCAGCUAUCGGCAACGCUACUUGGAGUGGUGUAUAUUUACGUGAUGUUUUGUUACUUGCUGGUAUGGACGAGAAUGAUCAAAAAUAUAAACAUGUUCAGUUUGAAGGAUAUGACAGUGAUGCAACAGGUAAAACUUAUGGUGCAUCAAUACCAAUCUGGAAAGCUCUAGAUCAAAGGGGAGACGUAUUGCUAGCUUAUGAAAUGAACGGUGUGCCCAUUCCUAGAGAUCACGGUUUUCCCGUGAGAGUUAUUGUCCCAGGCAUAGUGGGUGCGAGAAAUGUGAAAUGGCUUGAAAAAAUAAUAGUUUCUGAGAACGAGAGUGAUUCCCAUUGGCAACAGAAUGAUUAUAAAGGAUUUUCACCAUCGGUCGACUGGGACACUGUUGACUUUACUAAAUCUCCCGCUAUUCAGGAAUUACCAGUGAUAUCUGCUAUCUGUCAACCUACAGCGAAUGGUGCCGUUAAAGUAGAGGAUGGAAAAAUAACGGUGAAAGGAUAUGCCUGGUCAGGAGGAGGACAGAAAAUUGUUAGAGUUGACGUUACGAUAGAUGGAGGAAAAACGUGGCACGUUGCUAAAUUCGAUCAUCAAGAUAAAACACCUCCUCCUAAGCAUUGGUCUUGGACAUUGUGGUCGAUUGAAAUUCCCGUUGAUGCAAAUUUAAAAAGUGUAGAAAUUUGGGCGAAAGCAGUAGAUUCUUCAUACAAUACUCAACCGGAAAACGUUGAAAAUAUUUGGAAUUUAAGAGGAGUGUUAAGCAACGCCUAUCACAAAGUUAGGGCAAAUCUAAAAAAAUGAACAAUCUAGUUUUAAGUCACUUCUUUUUUAUGUAUUGAGAGUAUUAAGAAAUUGCUUAAUAAUUUUUGAGAUUAUAUAUGUAUAAGGCGAACAAAGAGUCAAAUAAUUUGUUGGUUGUUGAGAAUUGGUAUAUAUGAAAGAAAAUAUAUAUUUAAAUUAAUUAA